GGCUGUCAGCCUCUUUCUAACACAACUUAAUUUCAAAACCUCAAUAGCGCGUCGGUUGUCGCGGAGGAAGGACGUCUUCUUCGACGCACUGUGUGAGCGACCAUCUCGUUUAUGUGACAUUCAAUCAGUGAACGUGUGCAGUGAUUCUAGUGACCGAGGAAAUAGAAAUUCGCCUCUAAAUGACCAUGUGACAAGAAUUCCCCAAACAAUUCAACGGCAUGUGGUGGGUCAUGGUAUCAGUGGCGGCUAUGAUGGGUGUAGCGACGCCGCUGCCGUGCGAAGAGGCACGGAUGAGGUGUGCCUAUCGAGUGGGAUGUGGAACGGCCCUCCAGCAUUACGUUAUGGGGUGUUCGGGGGUGCUGCAAGGGCCGCCGCCCUCGCAUUGCCCGGAGAUUUGCCACCAUUCACUCAUUGCCCUCACGUCCACCGAAGAGGGGAAGGAUUUGAUGAAUUGCGAAUGCAGCGACGAAUACUGCGAAGACCAGAAACGCCGCACAGAAAUCUGCCGCCCCCAGGUGAUGAAGUCCAUCAGCGAGCCCGUAGUCUCCUGCCGCAUGGCCCAAUGGAUCUGCGCCGCGGACGCCCUCUGCUCCACGGCCUUGGAGUACUACAACCACUACUGCCGGGCGAUGUUCCAUGGCAAAAAGUGCACUCCCCGUUGCAACAACUCGAUUUCAAUCCUGCGACGGCAGGAGAAAGCCGCCAAAUUGACAAUGUGCAAGUGCGACGGCCUCGAGGACUACGACUGUCCCGCCAUCCAGAGGAACAUGGAGAAGUUGUGCUUCCACAAACGCGUCCACCACCACCAGAACGCCACCAAGCGGCCCACGGACCCGCCGCCCGUGCACCCCAACGACGUCAUGGGGGCGGCGCCGGCCCCCAGCCUCGCCCUCGCCGCCCUCCUGUGCGCGGCCGCGGCGCUCGUCACGUGAUACCCUCGGGCUUCCCCAACUCCGAAUCUACCUCGAUUUAACAGUAUUUAUUUAUUUUCGUAUUUAUGGAGCGGUGGUCGCUAACCAAAGUUUAGACGGUUAACUAUGUCACGUUAUAGUUCCUAAAUCUACAAGACAUGCCAGAAAUGAGAGAGAAAUAGUUGCAACGCACACUUUGUAAAUUGUACAUAGAUGGGAGGUUUUGUAUCAUAGUGUCUCAAGACUACACUUCCAGUGAAUUGUAAAGGUUAUUGUUAAGCUUUAAAUUAAGGUUACUCAUUCCCUAUCACUUCAGGGAACAAUCCUACUGAUUGACGCAACCAAAGAAGGCGCUUGAUGCUGUAUAUUGCUUUAAGUUAUUUGAGAGUCGCUCUAUACACACUAGCACUUCUUGUUGGACGAUAACCGUGGGUUUUACUCCGUUCCAGGGCACCACCUCUGCAAAAUCUCACUUUUUUGCCCUCAAAUCUGGACAAAUCUUUAUUUUAAACACAGAAAUUGGACCACUUGAACUUACAGUAGAACCUCUAUAACCCGAACUAAUUUUUAUAUUUAUCCGGAUUAGAGAUUUUUCGGAGGAUUCACACGAAUAAAAUGUCACUUUUUGUCUUAAAACAUGAACAAAUCUUCAUUUAAAUACAUAAAUUGGCCCAGGUUUCAUAAAUGAACUUCCAAUAGAACCUCGAAAUCCGAACUAAUUUUUGGAGUUCUCCAGAUUAGAGAUUAUUAACAAGAAUAAACCUCUGCAAAAUCUCGCUUUUUUGUCUUAAAAUACAAAUCUUCAUUUCAAAUGCAUAAACUGGACCAGGUUUCAACAAUAGAACCUCUAUAACCCAAACUAAUUUUUGGAAUACUUCAGAUUGGAGAUUUUUCGGAGUAUUGACACGAAUAAACCUCUGCAAAAUCUGUCUUUUUGUCUUAAAAUCUGAACAAAUUUUUAUUUAAAAUCUAGAAAUUGGGCCAAAUUUGCUAAAUAAACUAACAAUAGAACUUCUGUAACCCGAGCUCAUUUUUGGAGUUCACCAAAUUAGAGAUUUUUAGUAUGAUUAAUUUCACUUCUUUGUCUUAAAACCUGAAUAAAUCUUUAUUUUAAAUGCAAAAAUCGCACCAAGUUUGCUGAAUCAACUUACAAUAGAACCUGUAUAUGCCUAUCUAAUUUCGGGAGUUCUGCAGAUUACAGAUUUUUCGGAGUAAUAAAACGAAUAAACCUGUGCAAAAUCUAACUUUUUGUCUUAAAAGCUGAAAAAAAUUUCAUUUCAAUUGCAGAAAUUGAACCAGAUUUCCUAAAUCGACUUACAAUAGAACCUCUAUAACACGAGCUCAUUUUUGGAUUUCACCAAAUUAGAGAUUUUUCGUAGUAUUAAAAAGACUAAAACUCUGCAAUCUCACUUUUUUGUCUUAAAACCCGAACAAAUCUUUAUUUUAAAUGCAAAAAUCGCACCAAAUUUGCUAAAUAAGCUUACAAUAGAACCUCUAUAACAUAAGAUCAUUUUUGGAGUUCACCAAAUUAGAGAUUUUUCGGGUAUCAAAACGAAUAAAGCUCUGCAAAAUCUCUCUUUUUGUCUUAAAAUCUGAACAAAUUUUUAUUUAAAAUCUAGAAAUUGGGCUAAAUCAAUUUACAAUAGAACCUCUGUAACCCGAGCUCAUUUUUGAAGUUCACACCAAAUUAGAGAUUUUUCGGAGUAUCAAAAUGAAUAAACCUCCGCCAAAUCUCAUUUUUUGUCUUAAAACUGAAAAAAAAAUCAUUUCAUAAGCAGAAAUCGGACCAGGUCUGCUAAAUCUACGUACAAUAGAAUCAGUAUAACCCGAUCUAACUUUUAGAGUUUUCCAGAUUAGACAUUUUUCGAAGAAUUAAGACAAUUGAAACUGCAAAAUCUCACUUUUUUGGCUUAGAACAUUAAUCUUCAUUUUAAAUACAGAAAUUGGGCCAAAUUUGCUAAAUCACCGUAAAAUAACUCUAUAACUCGAAGUAAUUUUUGGAUUUAUCGAAAUUAGAGACUUUUCAGAGUAUUAAAACGAAUAAACGACUGCAAUAUGUAUUUAUGCACAAAAAAAUGUAUAAAAAUACACAAGGUGAAUUUGUUAAAAGGAUAUUCCAAUAUUAUAUUAAAAACUAAUAAUUUUUUUCUUUGCUGAAAUAGAAUAUGUUUUUUUGAUGUAUUUUUAAAAAUAAUUUAUUGAUUUCGUGUGACGGAUUAAAGAGGUUGUUCUGUAUUAGUAAAAUAAAAUCCAAAAGCGCGGGAAAUAGAAAAGUGAGGUUAUAAAUUUUGCCAAAGACGUUAAAAUGAAAGCGAUUUCGUGUUCACAGCAGCUGCCAUCUUGGCCAAAAAAGUGUAAAUCGAUCACAUGACUGAUCGCGUCCGGUCGUUACCAUUAAUUUUCAUAAUACCCGUUAUUUUAUCUAAAUAAUUAGCAUCACGCUAUGCGAAACUCGUAAUUAAUUAGUUUUGAGUCACGUGAUCAGAUAUUAGUUCCGUGUGCGUAAUGAAGAUGUCGCUUUUAGUUUAACGUCCCUGUUAAUUAGCGCCAUUAAGCCAACAAAGGACUAUAGUGUCGUGCUCAGACCCGUUCGGUAUUGAAUUAUUAAUUUAUAAAAUUUUGUAUAAAUUGUUAAGAGAUUAAUUAUUGUAUAGAAUUUUAUUUAUGCGUGUUGGUCCGGGGUCGCAUCGGCCCCCGCAUAUGUGUACAAAAAUGAAAAUAAACGUAUUGUUUGUUAUCCAGAA